AUGGAAAUCAAGGAGGAAAAAGCAGCAGAGGAAGGGCAGCAUUUUCUUCAAACAGCCCAGGCAAAUGACCUGGGAGAACUCCAGUUCACAAGUAUUCAGAAGAGCGCAAAUGAGCCCAAGCUGGAAUUCAGCCUUGCAUGCAAGGAUCUGGUGGCUCCUGCCCGAGACUGCAAACUGAACACCCUGGUACAGAUCUCAGUGAUCCACCCAGCAGAGCAGAGUGUGACAAGGUACUCCAGCACCGAGACUGUUGAGGGCACAAGAAACCCACUGUUUUUGACUGGUGUGACCUUUCCACCUGAAUACCCCAUCUAUGAGGAGACCAAUAUCAAACUAACAGUCUAUGAUGUCAAGGAUAAGUUUCAUGACACGGUCCGCACCAGUGUCCUGCCUGAGAACAAGGAGCCACGGUCAGAUGUUGGUCGGAGCUUCUUGGGCUGUGCUAGUUUUAAAGUAGGGGACUUGCUGAAAUCGAAGGAGCAACUGCUAACCCUUAGCCUAAGAACUUCCGAUGGUGGAAAAGCUGUUGGUGCCAUAGAAGUCACUCUUUUGAAGAUGGGGGAGAUAGAGGAUGGGGAAGCCGACCACAUCACAACAGAUGUGCGGGGACAAAAGUGUGCAUUGGCGUGUGAGUGCAUUGCCUCAGAAGGCAUCAAAGACAAGGACAGCUUACCUUUCUUAAAUGCAGUAUUAAAAAAUCCAGUGUAUAAGUUAUAUAGAUUCCCCACAUCUGAUAACAAAUGGAUGAGGAUUCGAGAGCAGAUGUAUGAGACCACACUGUCUUUUCAUAUUCCUAAGGAAUUGAUCUCCCUUCACAUAAAGGAGGACUUGAGAAGAAACCAGGAGCUAAAGGAUCUUGGUGAGCUUGCACCACACUGGGACAAUCUACGCAAAAACGUUCUUGCUCACUGUGAACAAAUGGUGAACACAUACCAGGAUAUUCUGACCGAACUUGGGAAGCAAACAGGGUCUUCCUUCAGAUCAAGCUGCAGCAAAGGGGAGAAGACAUUAGAAUUCAUUCCGCUAAACCUGCAUUUGCAAAGAAUGCAGGUUCACAGCCCCGAGUUGAAAGAUACAUUAUAUGAUGUCAUCACAGUAGGCGCUCCAGCUGCACACUUUCAGGGAUUUAAGAAUGGUGGUCUUCGGAAGUUACUCAGUCGAUUUGAAAUGGAAAGGAGAAAUACCGGAUACCAGUUUAUUUACUAUUCACCUGAAAACACAGCAAAGGCGAAGGAAGUUCUCGGGAACAUCGAUCAACUCCAGCCCCUUAUAUCAACCCACGCAGAUGGGCUUCUUAAUUCUGCCAGCCAGCAUUCUCCAGACAGCCUGAAGAAUUCUUUAAAGAUGCUUUCAGAAAAAACAGAGCUCUUUGUUCAUGCCUUUAAGGAUCAGCUGAUCAGAAGUGCCCUCUUAGCCCUCUACACAGCCCGGCCAGGCUGUGUCCUCAAGAAACCACCCACUCCCAAGAACACUGUGGAGGAAGAGACUAAACCUGCAGGGUCCCUGCCCCCCAUCCAAAGGCAGGAUUCUAUCCCACAUCACUCGGACUAUGACGAAGAAGAGUGGGAUAGGGUGUGGGCCAAUGUGGGAAAGAGCCUCAACUGCAUCAUUGCCAUGGUGGAUCGAUUACUUGAAAAAGAUGGUGCUAUGGAUGGCGGCGGCAGCGGUGGCGGAGGCAGCAAUGAUAGUGCUACCGAUGGUGGCGGCUGCAGCAACACCAAAGAAGGUGAAAAGCAUCCUUUGCUAGCAGAUCCCAUCACAGCUCACAAAAGUGAGGACUGGUAUGAGCAGCUGUACCCUCUGAUCCUCACCCUGAAGGACUGCAUGGAUGAAGUGGUGAACAGAGCGAAGCAAUCUCUGACCUUUGUGCUACUGCAGGAGCUCGCAUGCAGCUUGCCACAGUGCCUGAUGCUGACCCUCAGGAGGGACGUUGUCUUUAGCCAAGCGCUUGCAGGAUUGGUCUGUGGAUUUAUAAUGAAAUUGCACUCAAGUUUGCAUGAUCCUGAUUUCCUCCAGCAGCUUCACAUGGUGGGCUUGGUUGUACAAUUUGAAGGAUUACUGAGCACGUACAGUGAAGAAAUUGGAAUGCUGGAGGACAUGGCUAUUGGCAUUUCAGAUCUGCAGAAAGUAGCAUUUAAAAUAACUGAAGCCAAAUCCGAUGAUUUCUUACCAGUUAUAACCGGAAGGCGUGAACAUUAUGUAAUAGAGGUCAAGCUUCCAGCCAGGAUGUUUGAGUUGCUGCCACUAGAAAUUAAAGAAGGAAAGCUGUUACAUGUAUACCCAAUCCUCUUUAAUGUUGGAAUCAAUGAACAGCAAACUUUGGCAGAGAGGUUUGGAGAUGUCUCUCUGCAAGAAAGCAUUAAUCAGGAAAACUUUGAACUCCUCAAGGAAUAUUGCCAGUUGUUUACUGAAAAGAUGCCUCCUGAUUAUCUAUCCAAUUUUCAAGAAAAAAAUGAUCUGAAAGGAUUACUAGAAAAUCUGCACCAAAAUAUCCACGCCAAAAAGAGAAAGAAUGUAGAAAUCAUGUGGCUGGCUGCAACGAUUUGCCGCAAACUCAAUGGGAUUCGAACUACCUGUUGUAAAAGUGCCAAAGACAGGACGUCUAUGUCAGUUACCCUCGAGCAGUGUACCAUCUUGAGAGAUGAACAUCAUCUGCACAAGGACUUCUUCAUCCGGGCGCUGGAUUGUAUGAGAAGAGAAGGAUGCCGCAUAGAGAAUGUUAUGAAGAAUAUCAAAUGCAGAAAAUAUGCAUUCAACAUGCUACAACUGAUGGCUUUCCCCAAGUACUACAGACCACCCGAGGGGACAUACGGAAAAGCUGACUCAUAAGCUUCCCCCAGUGUAAACAGGAACACAAAUAUGUCUCAACUGCAUAAUAUACAUUUUUUGGGGUCAUGAAUGGGGGACAUGUGCACAAAUCUAGAAAUUACUUGAAUUAGUUAUCAAUACAGUAAGUUUUAAGGUGAACUAAGAACUGUUGGCAAUUAU